AUGUCAUAUUUUACCGCCAAAAUGAGGAUAAUUAUGUUAAUUCUGGCCGUAGUAUAUUUUGCAGACGGCCACGAAAUCAAGAAGGGAGAAAUAGCUGAAGCGAGGGGAAAAGGAAAAUAUGCGCUAGUCCUACAUUUCCUCUACGUGGCAGCAACAAAACUAUUCGUACUAAAACUCGUGUAUGGAGCACUCUUCUACGUUAUCGUCUACAAAGCGUGGCACUUAGUUCUCUGGCUGCUGAAGUAUAUAAAAGCGAACAAGCAUCACCACAUUGAAUAUGAACAUAUAUAUGACCAUGGACAUGUUGAUUUUGGUCAUGACCCCUACGGUGCAUAUGAGAAACCGAUAUAUGGAAGAAAGGAAUAUUCCAGUAAGGUGUAUGAUUCAGACGGAUCGUAUUCAGUACAAAGCUAG